CUCUUUGCCGCAACAGGUUACUGUGGAGACAAGCCCUAGGCAAGAACGUGUUUUAAAAAUAAAUGUUGCACCUUUUCUAGUGUGUUCUCCCUCUUUGUUUGAUGUGGCAUUCGUAUCAUGGGAGGGUAUAGAUUUCAUGCUACAAAAAGAUGGGAACUUUGAGGGAAAUACGGUGGGUAUAUCACUCUUGUAUGAUGCAUCCUUAAGGGCAAUUGAAAAUCAAGAAAUGACAGUGUUGUGGGAUCAUCUCCAUAGAGUGAAAAAGGCUACUGCUAUUUUAGAGGUAUUGGGAAAUCAGGAUACUGAAGGAGACUUUAUAACACUAAAGAAAAAAUCAGAUAUGGAUUGUGUCAUGCUACAUAUUGGUGGUGUUUUUUUGCAUAUCACCGAGAAGAAACUACCGUUGCUGUUACAUCAAUUUAUGGAGGUCCACAAUUUUUUUUGUUCCAAUAUUUUACCAUUGCCUUUAUUACCACGAGAAAAUGUUAUUGCUACUUCCGAGCUGAAUUAUGCACUCAUGAAUAUUCAGUUCGACGAGGUGCAUUUGGGUUUUAGGUGGAACAGUCGAAUGAAUGGUAUCUAUGGGGAACUUCAUUGUGCCCUUUUUGCGUUUACAUGGAGAAGUAAUGGAGCCUUAACCUUGAAGGAUGGAGUUAUGCAGUUGAAGUGGUUUGAUGCAGCUCCACUUGGUGAGUCCAUGGGUUCAGUUGAUCUAUUGCUUCAAGAGGCCAGCGAGACUGUACCGCUGAUUGAACACAUAUCGCUUUCAACUGAGGAAUCACGUUUAGGGAAGAUCCUUGUGAAAAUCUCACCUAUUCACAUGAAUUUAGCCUUCGACACCUAUUUGAGCCUUGUUGAGCUAGUCGGGUACCAUCUGAGACUUGAACUCAGAAGACCCGCGAGGGGGACAUCAGUGGAUUUCGUUUCUGUAGAGACCCUAGGUAAAGGUGCCUUGGAUAUGAAAAAGUCACUUUCAUCUGCUUCAUAUUUGUUUUCAUGUGGGAAUGGGGAUACUCUUACAUCAUUCAGCGGUGCGGGAUUUCUUGUGCAGAGUGUUGAAGUAACUCCUACCUGGCAAUUUUCUCUGGAGUUGGCGAAGGUAAGGCUCACGGUCGACACGGAGCGGCGGGUGAAAAAUGCUGACAAGAAAAAUUUCAAACCUUUAUUGUGGUUAAACCUCACAAAUAUCAUUUUUGAUCUUUUUCCUAAUGGGACUUCUUUUGCGUUGGAUGAGGUGAGACUAUCUUGUCUUCGCGAGACAAGUGUCGUGUCCCUUUCAGGUUUGCAGUUUAGUACAUCGCGUGCUUCUGAUUCAAUGCAUUCAGUGCCCGAGAUGGUGUGCAUGGUGCAAUCGAUUAUCACUAGGCUUUUUACACCCGAUUUGUUGACGUGUUUUGAUCGCCUCAUCAAGACUCCUGCAGAGGAGCUUGCAGAACUUUACUGGGAGACGACACACCCAAGUGGAAGUGAUAUUCUAUGCCGUUUCCAUACCGAAGACAGUACUCGUGGUGAUGGCAGUAAUGGUGACAACCGUAGCGAGAGUAAGAAGGGCAAUUACCGUAAGAUGGAGGUUUUAACGGUGGGUACACCUGUGUGGGAAUUGACGAACGACCUUGUGCUUAGCCGCAAUGGUGGAACGGUGUUACAGUUCUCUAACGUGAAUACAAACAAUAUUCACGUGGAGAUGAACGGCCACUCAAUUCUUAUUGAGACGCCACGGAAAGCCGGAGCUGAGAUUGUGAUGGUGGUGGACGGAGGAAUUUCAUUGACGUUUUGCAAUGGUCGUUUUGUUUUGCCUUGUCUUCUCUCGGAAGAGACUCGAAUGCGUCGUCUAGAACGUUUAGGCGAGGAGGCCUUGUUGUUACCAUUCAUAGCACUGGGUGAAUGCAGUUAUAUUCGAUGUUUUAAAGUCCGUUAUGCCACAACCGAGAGGCAUAAUUUGCAACAUUUUUAUCAUCAUGAGGAGCAGAAGCAACAGCAAGAGGAUGGGGCGAUUGAAACUGUGCGCCCUCAACGCUGGAAAAUGCAUGCGGGAAUUCAUUCAGUCAUACUACAUGUAUCUUCGGAACGAAAAAAGGGUAUCGUGAAGGCGACUGUUGCCGUGGAAGCGAAGAUAAGCCUGCAUGGUAAGACGAUUGAGCGAGGCGAGAUUUCCCUUGAGAACUUUAGUGUUGUCACACGCACCAUGGAUUCCACCACUACUAAUACAACCAGCACCACCACCACCGCCGUCAGCAGAAGCAGCAGCCCCAAGAGUAACAGUAACAUGAGUGCAUCGGCGAUGGAUAAUGUUUUGAUUGCUCCGGUUUCUAUUCAUCUCUGCAUCUCGGAAAGCCGUCAGUUUGCGUUUUCUCUGGGGCGGGUUGUUGUGGAUGCCAUGGUGGGCGAUUUGUUGUUGUUGAGUAUUAUGGCGCGCGAGCUUUUUCUUUUUGCGCGGCAUGUUAUAUCAUUCCAGCUUGCACCAACGGAACAAGAGUACAGAUUGCAAAUUGAGCACGUCUUGGGGUGGAAUUCGGCAGGUAUGCGUGGAGAUCAACACGAGGAGGGCGGUGAUGCUCGACAAAGGGGCGAGGCGCCGAAUGAAGAGCCAACAAACACAAUGCCAGUACUUUCACUGGCCUUAUUCCUGCCCAUGAUGGAGGUGACACUAAGCAAUCUCAAGUAUCCACUGGUACAGCUGUCACUAGCCGAUAUUGUGUGGAAGGUGAACAUGUUUUGCACGAGUCGAACAACCUUGUUGCAGAGCCAGCAGCUCAAUAUACAGGUUUACGGCAAGGGUCGCUGGGAUACAGUCAUACCACCAAAGGCUGUGAUAUCCCUUGAGGCAGUUCAUUCUUGGUCAAGAAGGACUCGUACGGAGCAGGUCGAGCUGCAGUGUGACGGCCUUGUUUUGUAUGCCUCACACCUAUUGCUCUCCAAGAUGAUGCACAUCCACCGUGAAUGGUCAGAGUUUUAUUCUACCAUUUUUGAACUUUCACAUCAUGCGGAGGAAGCGUCACCUCCGAUGGGUCUUUCUAACAUUUUGAAUCCCGUUUCCACCGCGACACAUCGUUUUAUAAAUGUUUUUGAUGAUGUUUUUUAUCUCUUUGUUGGAAAAGAUUUGGAAAAUGGAGAGAUUGUGCCAUUACCCUCCUGCACCGCAGUGGAUCUCACAUUGCCGUUCAACAGGGCGGAAGAUGUUCGACUUUACCUAUACCCUCGGCAUUGCAUUGAGCUGAAUGAAAAUGGGCGUCAUGUAAGAAAUAAUGAGGGAUUACGUAGAGACAUGCAACACUGUCAUGUUGUGGCAAGUCAGUUGCAGUACGGUCGUGCCUUUGGUCUUGUAUUGGAUGAUCUGCUUGUGGUAAUCUCAUGUGUAGAGACGGAAGGGAUCCAGAAGGGGAUGCCACCCUUGUCCUCUGUGAACGCCAGAUGUUAUCAACAUGCUGACCGUGGUACGACGCCUCUUACUUUGACCAAUCAGGCAAAUGUAUUGCCCCCAUUUCGAAAGUUGCCAAUGGCUUCAUUUGGGGGAAUAGAUGAGGCGGGUUUAGUCAUUGUCCGUAUUCAUUCUCGGAGAGCCCUUUACAAUGGCAUUGGGAUGAUGAUCGAGGUGCGUCAGUAUAUUCUAGCUGAUUCAGAGGAGACACCGAUGAGUGAAGACUUCUGGAUCGUGCCUCCAAACGCGGAGUAUCCUCUUGUUGCUUUGUGCAAUCGGUUAGAGCUCCGUUUUUCGCUGGAUGGGGAUGUUUAUGGUACGUCAUUCAGAACGCUCUCUCUUGAAACUGGCGUUGUCUUGGCGUUUCAACGAAUUGGAAAUGAAGUGUCAAACCGGGAAAACAGCGGUUUUUUGCCAGUGUCUGUCUUUAUUGCACUGCGUCAUUUUCCUGAGAGCGGCUCAACUGUCAUCCAUCUUCUUCCCCGUAUGACGGUUCUUAAUCAUAUUGGGGUCCCUAUAAAACUGUCGCUCUGGCAGGAAGAGGGAACUGAAGAAGAAAAGGAGGAGGAGGGGCUGCUGCUGAACCAUCGGGAUGAUAGCGUGAGCAGUACUAGUAAUCAUGGUGAAAGAGGCAGUAGUAUUACUGCUAAUAGUGGUCAACCAUCCUCACAACGGCCUGACUGGAGAAGGCGUUCUUCGCGACGGCGACUCAUAAGUAUUGGAGAACACGGAGCCCUUCCACAUCAAGGUGCUCUUUCCAUUUGUCGGUGCUCCUACAGCAGCGGUCUCUUGCUGAGUUUGACCUUCACACAAACAGGUGGAGAGACAGUGCAAACCGAAAGGACUACAAAGGUAUGCAGCUCGCUUAAAAGGAGGGUAGGGCGAGAGCCAUGUCUUAUGCGGUUGCGUGACUCAAGCAAGCGUUCAUUUUAUGUGCAGGUGACUGUGCUGCAUCGAACGAUCAUAUUGUCUGUUGGAUAUUGGGUGAUCAAUCUCACGGAGUACCCCAUUUUACUGAAAGACAGUUACACUUCACGCCACCUCACAGCGGGGCAGUCAAUGAACACCGGUAUUCCGCCAUCACAGGGUCUUCCUUUUCUUAUUGGUUCUCGUCCGGCAGAAUUCACGGUUGCUUUAUUAAAGAUUGGUCUGGAUGAGGAAUGGUCCGAGGGAAUUCCGACGCAGGUGGGAUCGCAUGGUGUUGCAGAGUCACCGCGCCGCAUGGUGGGUGGUGUUACACGAAGCUGCAACUAUGUUAUCCAGUUCCCUCGUGUUCAAGAAGGACGACCCGCGGUGCUGCUUCUCACCCCACGUUGGGUGUUUAUCAACAAUGCCAACCGUCGUUUGAAAGUUCACUUUACAUUUCCUGUUGUGAAAAAGAGGCUGUCAUUGAAGAAGCUGUCUUCUCGUGAACAAAGAUCACCACGUGCAUCCGAAGCGGAUACGGAUUCUUUGCCGUUCCUGACGCUGCGGCCAGGCGAGCAUCAAUUUAGCUGCAUUGGCACGGCAACUGGAAACAUGGCAUCAUUUCAGGACACUCUGGAGGAUGCUGUGCCGUCCGUCACCUCGCUCUUUUCUGAUACUGUGCGACAUAAAAAUCUUGCAGAAUUUUAUGAAGCGCAUCGCACUGCAUCCAUCUCUGUGGAUGGUCCUGGCCACGCGGUGUUUAACUUGUGGGCUUCUCUUAAGCGUCAGCCAGCGGUUCCAAGUGUCUUCUAUGGAGCGAGAAUAGCGAAUCACAGAUCGUCCUCGUUAUUACCACAGUCAUCAUCAGAUUGUUUUGAAUUUGAUGAAGAUGUGGCUUUUGUCACGGGCCGUAUCAGCGUGACGGUGCAGCAUAUUGACAACGUUUUGGCCGUUGUGAUCAACAGCAUUCAUUCAACAAACAUGGUGAUUCAGAAUCGAGCGCGCAGCGUAACGCUUGCGGUGCGGCAAAAAGGAAGCCAACGUCGCACCGUUAUUCCUCCGUGUCAGAACCGUUUUUUUCUAUGGGAGGACUAUCGUACAGAUCCUGUGAUAUCCCUGCACGUUAUUGGUUUCAAGGGAGCAUGGUUUGAGGUGGACUUUUCACGGGGAAGUUGUCAGGUUCAACGGCGCCACACAUCUGACCUUACAGAAAACGUGCUUUCCCCGUUUAGUUUUCGGGCCUGUAUAAGCACACGGAAUGCGCAGCGUGUGACAAUUUUAUUUACGGAUGAAAAUUUCCCACCACAUACCUCUUUUGAUGACGCGUGGCAUAGAAGUGUGGGGCGCACAAUUUCUUUUCCAUCAUUGGAGUUGUUGUGGCUCAUGGAGGAGCAAUCUACCGGGGAUAAGCCACAUUUGUCUCUGGUACUGCGAGAUUUGCAGGUGCAAACCCUUGUUGCAGGCAAUACCCACGCCAUUUCAAUAAUCCUGAAGCGACUACAGGUUGUAGAUGUACGCAGGCAGGCGAUUGUUGUGCUGCACCGCGCGAACCCGGCAACUUCAAAUGCGACAGAGGUGUCUACGGGUGGUAGGAUUCUAAGCUGGCUUUGGAGAGGUGAAGAGGUACCACAGCAGGAUUUCCAGGCGGUCUAUGCCGCUAUGAUGUCACCAAGCGGUGUGACACGUGUGACGGAGUUAUCUUUUGUAUUUACUCCUUUUGUUUUGAAUUUAUCUGAUCAACUUGUGGUGUCGCUUUGGCAAGAGUACCGUGGACUCUUCUCUUUUCUCAAGAAUAAUGGCAGCAAGACAACGCUGGUUUCAGAAGCCUUGUCAUCAACACCGCUCUCACACCACGAAUUCUCACAGAGGCUAAUGGCGAGGAUGCAAGAGCCUGAGAAUUGUACCACAGAGAUCUCCGUUGGUAAUACGUCCCUGACUUCCUCUUCUGCAAUUCCAAGUGUUAAUUAUUUCAAUCAAAGCGAAACACACGAGGGGCCGGCGCUAUUGUUUAUUGAUCAGGCGCAUUUUUCACGUCUUACGGUAUUUCUAACCUUCAGUCGCCAAAAACCCGAUUUGCUGUGGGAACUGUUAGGGAUGUAUACAUUGAUGAUUCCCAAAAGGCUGGAGCAAAAGGAAUUCUCAUGGAAUGCGCUAGUAGUUGAGAACGGUACAACGACGUGGGGUUUGCUGCUCGCACAGGCACAGCGUUGGUUGAUGGAUGGGGCGUUGCGCCAAUGGCCAAAGGUAACGCGCCUAGGUGACAUUGUCGACACGUUUAAAAGAGGUUCAAACAGACGUGUUACACUCGCAGGCACACCCGCACCGAGAUUGGCAGAUGUAAACAAUUUUUCUGAUAGUGAUGAUGAUAAGAAGGGGAAGGACAAGAGGGAAAAUGAGGCACUUUCUUCCAGUAGGAGGAUGUUAUAG